GCCGGCGAGUGGAAGGCACCUCCUGCAGGCAUAUUGCCUCCCGGCUCAACAUUGCUUGAAAUGGCAUGUGAGAGCUCCUUCGCUGAAGCAACAUUAGAUGGUUUGCACUACAAGGUAUUGGAGAUAGAGCUUCAUGGAGACAGCUACAGGGGGAUGCCCUUUGUUCUCCGGUCCAAUGAAACGUGGAUAAAAAAUAAUACGUCUGAUUUCUACCUUGACUUUAGCCGACAGGUUACUACGAGCACAGAGGAUGGCACUGCUGGAGGUAAAGGGACGGCAAAAGCUUUCCUGGAAACAAUAGCUGAUCUAGAGGAGGAUGCCCAACGAUCUCUUAUGCAUAGAUUCAAUAUUGCUGCUGAUCUGGUUGAACAAGCAAAAGAUGCUGGAAAAUUUGGUCUUUCUGGACUAUUUGUUUGGAUGAGAUUCAUGGCUACUAGGCAACUUAUAUGGAACAAGAACUAUAACGUGAAACCACGCGAAAUCAGCCAAGCGCAAGAUAGGUUCACAGAUCUACUUCAAAAUCUGUACAAAUCAUAUCCACAGUACAGAGAGAUGAUAAGGAUGAUUAUGUCAGCUGUUGGUCGAGGAGGUGAAGGUGAUGUUGGUCAGCGUAUCCGUGAUGAGAUCUUAGUAAUACAGAGAAACAAUAAUUGCAUGGGUGGAAUGAUGGAAGAAUGGCAUCAGAAACUACACAAUAAUACAAGCCCAGAUGAUGUGGUCAUUUGCCAGGCACUGAUGGACUAUCUAAAUAGUGACCUUGACAUCAAAGUUUAUUGGGACACACUGAACAAAAAUGGCAUAACAAAGGAACGCCUAUUGAACUAUGACCACCCUAUUCAUUCAGAACCAAAUUUGAAGAGUGACCAAAAGGCAGGUCUACUCCGUGACUUAGCAAACUACAUGAGAAGCCUAAAGGCUGUUCACUCUGGUGCUGAUCUAGAAUCUGCUAUAGGAACAUGCACAGGGUACAGGACAGAGGGCGAAGGUUUCAUGGUUGGUGUCAAGGUCAACCCUGUGAAUGGAUUACCAUCUGGGUAUCAAGAGUUGCUUAAGUUUGUCCUUGACCAUCUCGAGGACAAAUCAGUGGAAGCACUUGUUGAGGGUUUGCUGGAGGCACGAGCUGAAGUUCGUCCUUUACUGUGUGGGUCACAAGAACGCUUGAAGGACCUAAUCUUUCUAGACAUCGCCCUUGACUCCACUGUUAGGAUAGCAGUUGAAAGGUCCUAUGAGCAACUUAAAAAUGCAGCACCUGAGAAAAUCAUGUACUUCAUCAGUCUGGUACUUGAAAACCUUGCUUUGUCCAUCGAAGACAAUGAGAACCUCCUUUGCUGCUUAAAGGGGUGGAACCAUGCACUCUCAAUGGCAAAAAACUCUGAUGACCAAUGGGCAUUGUAUGCUAAAGCACACCUUGAUAGAACUAGACUUGCACUUGUAACCAAGGGAGAAGAAUACCAUCAUAUCCUUCAGCCUUCAGCUGAAUACCUUGGCUCCCUGCUUGGAGUUGAACAAUGGACUGUAAAUAUAUUUACAGAAGAAAUUAUCCGUAGUGGGUCAGCAGCUUCACUGUCUCUACUUCUAAAUCAUCUUGACCCUGUUUUGAGGAAUAUUACAAAUCUAGGAAGUUGGCAAAUAAUAAGCCCAGUUGAAGUCAUAGGUUAUGUGACUGUGGUCGAUGAAUUGCUCACUGUUCAAAAUAAAUCUUAUGGUAAACCAACAGUUUUGGUUGCAAAUUCUGUCAAGGGAGAGGAGGAAAUACCUGAUGGCGUUGUUGCUGUCCUUACACCAGACAUGCCGGAUGUCCUGUCACAUGUUUCUGUUCGAGCAAGGAAUAGCAAGGUAUUGUUUGCAACAUGCUUUGAUCCAGAGAUUUUGUCUGAACUUCAACGAAAUGAUGGGAAGUUAAUUUCAGUAAAGCCUAGUACUACUGAUAUAAGCUACAGAGAGAUAGCAGAGAGCGAACUUCUGGAUGCAAAUUCCCCAACAGCAGAAGAUAAUAAAUCAGGACCAUCAAUUUCACUAGCGAAAAAGCAAUUUACUGGGAAAUAUGCAAUAUGUGCUGAUGAAUUUUCUGAUGAAAUGGUUGGAGCUAAAUCACGGAACAUAGCAUACCUAAAAGGAAAAGUACCUCCAUCUGUUGGCGUCCCAACGUCAGUUGCACUUCCAUUUGGAACCUUUGAAACAGUUUUGUCUGAUAAGAUGAACAAGGAUGUAGCUCAGAAUGUAAGGCAUCUAAAGGAAAAACUCAGUCAUGGGGAAUUUAGUGCUCUCCAGGAAAUCCGACAUGCUCUUCUAGAGCUGGUAGCUCCUACUGAUUUGGUGAAAGAGCUUAAGGAGAAGAUGCAAGGUUCUCGAAUGCCCUGGCCAGGGGAUGAAGGUCAACAACGUUGGGAACAAGCUUGGAUGGCAAUUAAAAAGGUUUGGGCCUCAAAAUGGAAUGAGCGAGCAUACUUCAACACUCGUAAAGUGAAGCUUGAUCAUGCUUACCUAUCCAUGGCUGUUCUUGUGCAAGAAAUUGUUAGUGCAGACUAUGCCUUUGUGAUACACACCAUUAACCCAUCGUCUGGAGAUCGUUCAGAGAUAUAUGCUGAAGUUGUAAAAGGCCUUGGGGAGACCCUUGUAGGAGCCUAUCCUGGUCGUGCCUUGAGCUUUGUUUGCAACAAGGAUGAUCUCAACUCUCCCAAGGUAUUGGGUUAUCCAAGCAAGCCAAUUGGUCUCUUCAUAAAGCAAUCAAUCAUCUUUCGUUCUGACUCAAAUGGAGAGGAUUUAGAAGGCUAUGCUGGGGCUGGCCUUUAUGAUAGUGUGCCUAUGGACAUGGAAGAAGAAGUGGUUCUUGAUUACACAACUGAUCGCCUUAUCACAGAUUAUAGUUUCCGUAACACAAUCCUGUCGACCAUUGCUCAUACUGGAUAUGCAAUUGAGGACCUCUUUGGGUCUCCACAGGACAUUGAAGGAGUGGUGAAGGAUGGGAAGAUAUUUGUAGUCCAGACGAGACCACAAAUGUGACUUGAAUAUGUCUAGCUUACAAAGAAAUCUCACGGAUGUGGGCCGGAGGCAUCAGUCCUAUAAUUGUUUCAGUUUCUUGCUUAUAUUCAGUAUAGAAUG